AUGAUGGCUGGCGGCUUGUCUGACACCAGGCCUGCUACCAAAGAAGUCCAACAUAUGGUUGACCAGGUGAAACCACAAUUUGAAAGCAGGGUAAAUGAAAAAUGUGGCCUCUUUGUAGCCAUUGAAUAUCGGACUCAGGUGGUUGCUGGAAUAAAUUACUUCAUUAAGAUCCAGGUCUCUGAUUCCAUGUAUGCCCACCUGAGGGUGUUUCAGAGCCUUCCUUCUGAGAACCAAGGCCCCAGCCUUGUCAGUUACCAGACCGGCAAAACCAGGGAUGAUCCUCUGACCUACUUCUAAGGACCAGUGGGGCAUAGUUCCUCACUUGUGCAAGUCACAUGUGGAUUUGGCCUCUGUC